GUGGUCCCCGUCGAAGGGCAAGAGAAUGGUCAAGGGGAGGAAGAGGAGGAGGAGGAGGAAGAAGAGGAGAAAGUCCACGAGGAAGAACCGCCGGAGGUGGCGCCUGUUGUCGCCGUAGAGACGGUGGUCCUGCCUCUACCGGUAGAGCACGAAGUCAAAAAAGUCACGCUGAGCGACACGCUCACCCGGCGGUCCAUCAGCCAGCAACGCUCGGGGGUCUCCAUCACCAUCGACGACCCCGUCCGCACGGCCCAGGUCCCUUCCCCUCCUCGCGGCAAGGUCAGCUGCAUCGUUCACAUCUGCAACCUGGUGAGGCCCUUCACCCUGGGUCAGCUGAAGGAGCUUCUGGGCCGGACGGGCACCCUGGUGGAGGAGGCUUUUUGGAUCGACAAGAUCAAGUCGCACUGCUACGUCACCUAUUCAACAGUGGAAGAAGCCGUUGCGACGCGGAACGCCCUCCACGGGGUCAAGUGGCCACAGUCUAACCCCAAGUUUUUAUCGGCAGAUUUUGUGGAGCAGGAUGAGCUGGACUUCCACCGGGGUCUUCUGACCGACCGUCCCGCAGAGGCCAAGGCAGAUGAAGCGCCCACCUUCCCCGGGGCGGGCCCGACCACCCGGGGGGAACGGGAGCUGUCCCGGCGCUCGGAGGCGCGGGAGCGGGAGGCGGCCGUGCGGGAGCAGUGGGCCGAGCGGGAGCGAGAGAUGGAACGCCGGGAGAGGACCCUGGCGGAGCGGGAGUGGGACCGGGACAAGGUGCGCGAGGGCCCGCGCUCUCGCUCCCGGUCCCGAGAGAGACGCCGCAAGGAGCGGCCCAAAUCGAAGGAGAAGAAAGCCGAGAAAAAAGAAAAAGCCCAAGAGGAACCCCCGGCUAAGCUUCUCGAUGAUCUGUUCCGUAAAACCAAGGCAGCCCCCUGCAUUUACUGGCUGCCCCUCACAGACAUCCAGUGUGUCCAGAAACAGGCCGAGCGAGCGGCCCGCGCCCGAGAACGGGAACGCCGGCGCAAAGAACUGGAAGCCGAGGAGGCCCGUCAGCGAGAACGCAACCGCCAGGCCGAGCGCGACAAGCGGCGGGAACACAGCAGAGAGCGGGAACGCGAGCGCCCCAAUGCCACCGGCGGCGGUGGGGCCAGCCGAGCGGGCGAACGCAGCGGCCGAGGAGGAGACCGCGAACGGCGCGAGGCCAAAAGCCGCCACAGCCGGAGUCGGAGUCGGAGCACGCCUGUACAGGACAGAGGGGGGCGCCGUUGAGCUAUUCCCCCAGCC